GUCACUUAUUCGAUAUUAAGGGCAGGUGAGGGUCAUUAGUCAUGACAGCAUAUGCCACCAGUAUACCUGCCAUAGAUCCCAGUUUGGGACAACUCGUUGAAUUACCAAUAGAUCAAGCUGGAGCAUACGUCAUCCAAGAUGCAAGUGGUGGUCAAAUCCAGUUAGGCAGUGUUCAGGGUGGAAAGAGUCUACUGAAACCCGAAUUAGCCCAACACUUAAGCCAGCAUACUGGUUACAAGUCGAAUGUUGGUAGAGGAGGCUUCACUUUGAGUAGUAAUGAUGCUCGUUGGGUUUCACUCAAUGCAAAUCGUGGGUCACGUAGUAUCACCAGCCGUAAACCUUUAAAUGCAGGUGCUCCUGCAGCUCAAUCAGCUGGACUACAACCUACUGUACUGACACCUGCAGCUUCAGGAUUACUAUCCUUGGGUACUCGUUAUACUCCGUCUUCGGCUACUGUAUUUGGUACGACAGGGGGAGGCUCGAUAUCUGGUGUUAAUCAAGGUAUAACUGGUGCAGGGGCAGCUACAAUAAUACCUUCGGGAACACCAUCCAGUAAUAUUGUUUCGGGCGGUGUUGGUGCAAUAGGCAGUAUGGGUGUGGAUCGAGACUCUGGUUAUCGUUUGGCCGCCGCAAUAGCUGGUACUAGUGGUCGAGGACGCCCUCGAGGUCGAAGGCCUUUGAGGGGUCAGUUUCCUGUUGUUCCAAUUGACAUGGUUCGACAAUUGGGCAUUGAACAACAAGUUAUUUUACAACCAGCAGCCCCAGUUGCCAUGCGUAACAAAGCUGUGUUAUGUCGACCAUUGUCUAUGUGUCGUAAAACUCAAGCGAAUGCAACAACAUACGAAAAUUUAUCCCAACAUGGUGUUGCUGUGCAAACGGAUAAUUCUCCAACUACAACAGAAUCAAGUAACAAAAAUGAUAAAACAUCUCUCGGGAUCGAAAUGCAAACCCAGACGGUUGACACAAAACCAGUUGAGAGUGAUGAUGAUGAUGAUGAUGAUGACGACGAUGAUGAUGAUGAUAUGGUACCUGUAGGUGAAAUUGAAGAUGAUCAAAUAUUAAUGAAAUCUGACCAACCAAGUUUUAGUUGUGCUGAGACAUCAACUGCUGAUGACAUUGCUUUUGUCGAAUCUGGCACCCAAACAGAUUUAACCGACGAAGAUGAAUUGAAAAAAAUGCCACUUGUACUACCCAUACCUAUUCCGGUCCCAAUCUAUGUACCCUUCCCAGUAUGUUUAUACGCAAGACCAGUGCCGUACGCCAUCCCCUAUCCGUUACCAUGUCCAGUUCCAAUUCCACUUGUUUUCGAUGCUACUCCAGAAACUCCACAUGUUGAAGACCAAGGACAACAAGUUGACUUAAGCACUCGUAGAGCACUCAUCGACUCUUCCGUUAAAUUCAAUGUACAUGAUUCAUCAGUAACGGUAGGAGAUAAUGAUAAUCAAGCCGAUACACAGGUUGGUGAUUUAGAACGUUCAACACAGUCGGUUGAUUAUCCAUGUACAUCAUCAAUGUCAAAUGACGAAGAAGGAGGUAUAGAGACAAUUGAAGAGCCUAGUGAUGCUCCUGGCAAAUCUCGGAAUGUAUCUAAUCUCAAACGUCCUGCUCCAGAAGAGUCAUCAUCUUCAGACUCGUGGACUUCAGAGUCAACUGCCACACAACAAUCCACUGAACAUAAUCCACCAUUUCACCAUCAUCAACCGAUGACAUCGGUUGUGAGUCAUUCCAGUAGUGGAAGAGAGAUAGAUCAAUCGCUGCCACCGCCACCCCCAACUAAACGGUCUCGUCAAACUCUUACACCCAUACUUACAUCUGAUGCUAAUUACCAUUUGAAAUUCUCUUAUGGGAUCAAUGCAUGGCGUCACUGGGUGCAGCAAAAAUCAACUUCUUCGUCUACAGACAAGCCUAGAUCUAAUGCAGCUGCAAUGCAACAAUAUUCACACUUAUACGCUGAUUUAUUAAACAUGAGUGAUGCCGAUCUUAAUAUCGCAUUAAGUCAGUUUGUUCGUGAAGUUCGCAAACCAAAUAAUGAAUGUUAUGUGGCUGAUUCAAUUUUCUAUUUGUGUCUAGGUAUUCAAGAGUAUCUCAACGAAAAUGGUCGUACUGUAAACUUAUUUGGAGAUCCUGCGUUUACUAGUCUAUCUAGAGCUUUGAAUGAAAUAUUAGCCAAUUUCCAACCACGUAUUAGUCCUGAAGGACUUCUUAUCUGUCGUAUAGAAGAAGAACAUUUAUGGGAAGCAAAACAAUUAGGUUCACAAUCAGCUGAGAUUUUAUUAUUCACUAUGCUUUAUUACAAUACCAAACAUAUUGGUUUACGACUUGGUACCGUUCAUCGACAAUUAGCAUUCUCACAAUUUCAAAUCACUGAAACAGGUGUUCUUUGUCAUUUACCUGGUAAUAUGUUUGGUGAAUCAGAUGAUUCUAUCACAACAUUAAGUUUAGAUGCAAAUCCUCAACAUCCACAACGAUGUCCUGUUAAACUUUACAAAGCAUACUUUGCCCGUUGGUAAGUUUCUAUAAAAAUAUAAAAUUAACAAUUUUAUCCUAAUACUCACCUGUUCACUGUAUUAUAGCAUAGAGUUCCUAAGUAAAUUUAGUGUAAUCCUUUAAAAUAAUAAAUGCAGUAGUUAAAACAGAAUAUAAUAAUUAUCAUUGUUCGUAAAGUAUUAACAAUAAAGUAAGAUGAGAUCAUGUUAUUACUCGGCUUGAAUUAUUGUUCUUUCAGUUAGAAACAUAACCUGAUUGCCAUAGAUAUCAAUUUCAUCUGAAGAUCAACAUUAUCCAAACAGCGUACAACCACUUCCUUCACUUCUAAUCACACUCCAUCUAAGUAUACUUCGUAGUUAUCGGUUUUUUCUAUUGACUUGAAACAUGGUUUUAUUUAGUUGCUUAGUUAGACAAAAUAACUCAUACAAUAUUUGGUGUAAAGCAACUAAGAAGUUAUCCUAUUUAGUAUUUAUGUUUUUGCUCUAUUACUUGUUAACCACAAAUACUACUAGUAAUAAGAACCAUAAUUGUUGCAUGCGAUUCUCUAUUCCAUUUAUAUUCCAGUCCCCCAGAACUACUAGACUCCGAUAGUGUGUUCUACUUGAAUCCACUAUACCCUCCACAAUCUGAUUUGUGGUUUUCAACCAAUCCCGUUCGACCGACUGAAUUGCAAGUGAUACUUAAUAGAAUUAAAAUGGUGAAAGAAAUUCAAGAAGCAUUUAUGAACAGUCAACCAGAUGGGGGCUUCUAAGCUCAUUUAUAUAUAACCGUAUUCUAUAUGUAUUUUGAUUAAAUUGUUUCUCUAUCAACGAUUCCCCCCCCCCUAUUCUCCCUUUUCAUAUGACUAUAAAAUAGUGAACAUAUAUGCACAUUUGUCUGUCUUUUUUUAAUCCUAUCGUUCUUUAUAUCAUUUUUUGCCUCACUUUUUCACCUGUAUAAACUGAUUGUGGGAAUAAAUUUUCUAUCAUGUGUUCCAUUUUGUUUUAGUACAACAAAUACUCAAUCCCCCAUGCGAUAUUUUAAAUAUUG